AUGUUCAAUGUGAUUGCGACUCAGGUCUUGUUUGCAAGGCUUGGUCAUGACGAUGCGCACAAGACGAAGGGGCGCGACUACCACAACACACCCUCCGCACCGUCCCACCCCUUCCUAGAUAUUCACGGCAUAUAUAAGCCAUCUGAGGUCGAGGGCUUCCCGCAGCGAUCUUGGCACAUCGAGGUCUGGCUCGUGAACGAGAAGGGCAAUUUGGUUCCGGCAAAUAUAUUUGACAGGGUCACUUUCCAUUUGCACCCCAGUUUCGGCGAUCGUGCCACGCAAGUGUUCAAACAACCUCCUUUCCGCAUUCAAGAAGAAGGAUGGGGUGAGUUCGACAUGUCCAUCGAGCUCACUGCCGACAAGUCUUACACCAUUCAACAUGAUCUGAACUUCGCUCAGACCCGCUAUGAAAGCAAGCAUGUUCUUACUUUCAAGAACCCCAAGCCAGCUCUCUUAGCCCUUCUGCGCGAAUCUGGUCCCAUCCCCGGGGAUGAGAAUGGAUUGAAGGCAAAGCGCCCCGCCGCUGGCGAGGAAAGCGCCAAGAAGAAGAAGCGUACCGACAAGAAUGUGGACAUGGACAGGCUCGCCGAUGGGCUCCAGAAGCUCAACGAAGAUGAUCUUCUCCAGGUUGUGCAAAUGGUGCAUGACAACAAAGCAGCCGACUCAUACACCAAGAACGAUGUUGAGCUCGGGGAAUUCCACGUUGACUUGUACACCUUGCCCGACGCAUUGAUCAAAAUGCUUUGGGAUUUCACGGCAGAGCGCGGUGCCCUGUAA